AUGGCGACGUGGACUGCGCCGCUGAUCGAGAUCAGGAAGUACUUGAAUAACACGGUGAUGUCCAAGCUCCUGCAAAGCAAGUAUGACCAGACAGCCAAGAGGAAGGACCUGGAAAGCGGGGCAUGGCAGGCCCUGGAGUCAACCGUGGAGGCAUACAACACGGGCGACUUUGAUAUGCUGUCUGAGUUUGCAGACUACGAGCUGGUGGGGGAGUUGCGCCGCAACUACACCCACACAAUGGGGACCAAGGGCAUGGAGGAGAAGGGCGUUCGGUUCAGGAUUGCUGACCGGAGCAGCCUCAUUCUCACUGACGUCCUGGAGCGGACGCGGACCCCAGAGGGCAGGUGGGUGAAGGAAGCUGCCGAGGGUUCGAGCUCGGGCGUGAGUCCGCAGCCCCUCCUGGACGGCCCAGAGCCCGAGCGCUUCUGCUUCCUGUAUGUUUUGUACGACUGCGACCUGCGGGCAGACAUCUACAGGAAGAGUGACAAGGCGGUGCUGCGGGAGGUCGUGCUGCCACGGCCAUAUGCAGCCGCGUUCCGCAGGGGACCCCUCCCCCUCAGCCUCCCGGCAGGCUCUCUGGAGGCAGACUGGGAGCUGGUGUGCUUGAGACGAACAAAUCUGGGUGCAGAUGUGCAAGUGGAAUGA